CAAGAAUAUUUUAAUUCACUUCUCACGUUGUAUCUCAUGUCCAAUGUUCCUAAUUUGGAAUUCAUGCAGCUAUUUUUUUGCAUUUCAGAAAUCGAAAUUUUAUUUCAUGAAUACACAUUUGCUAUCAAACAACAAUGCUGAUUGGCGUACUAUAAUUUUAUGACAUGUGCUUUCAAUUGCAUUGAAUUUAGUUUUCUGCAGCGAAAACUCGUGGAGCACUGAGGGAGGAAGUUUUUUCUUCUACGUCGCCUAUUACACUCAUUAGCCAAUAUAUUUUAUUGGUUAAGUUAUUUAUCACAUUAAACACUUCGGGUAGUAUUUGUUGUCCGGGUGUCCAUUGGUUUGGCUAAUACUUUUGGAAACUAAUUUUGACUACAUAGCUUUCGCCAGGAUCACAAGCCGUUGAUAACAAUACAUCAUUUUGAAAUGUUGCACCUCGUUCAACAUAACCUUAACAAACAUGUGGAUGUUCCUAAUUUCAGCAUUAAGGAAAUUUCCCAAGAUGGCUUAUUGAGUGAGGCUGACCUAAAAAUGCUGCACGAAACAUUAAACGCACAAUCUAAACGCCGAAACUGUGGUGCGGAAACCGCAAAUGUAGUACUACAAGCUGAACAGAAUUCAUGGUUACAAAGCUAUCCAGAUAUUAGUCGGUAUUUCGAAAACAUACCUCGAGAUGAUGCUGAAAGUAGCUCAACCGGCUCGGCUGACACCAAUAUCAACACAUUUGGUUCAUUUAAUGAGAGAUAUCAUUGUCCACUCUAUAGCUAUUUUAAUACGGCUUCCGAUAACUCAACCAAUGUGUCGUCUUUCGAGUCCCAGGGAUUGGAAUCACUCUAUGGAGAGAGUUGCGGGGGAUUGUUCUCGCCCAAGGGAACACAAUUCACGCCAACACCGUCACUUGAAAGCGGAUUAUUGAGUAUGGUAGAAACAGCCUGGAAGUCGUCGGCGCCAAAGCGCGAACAUUCAUAUCAUAAGAAGGGGAAACACGUAUACCUUAAAAUAUUGGCCACACAAUUGGUGUCUGGUACCAUUAUUGGCCGAGGAGGUAAGGGUUUUAACUGGUUUAGGCGUAAAAGUAAAAUUGAUGAUAUACUUUUAUCCAUGCCAUGGGAACUCUAUCCCCGAACAGAACUACGUACAAUGUUUUUGGAGGGAACAACGUCUGCAGUGGUAAAGGCGACAUGCAUUAUAGGAGAUUUGAUGCUAUGUAAGUACGCACCACAACAAUCAUUAGGACAAGGACCAACAGAUAAGAUGUUGGUGAUAGUUGUCCUUCCAACAUUCGCCAGAGCAGUCAUGGAAACAAUACGAGACCGAACAGAUGACUCCGUAGUUUCUGUAACACUCUUCGAGGGAUCAUCCGAUGACAAAGAGUUCAUAGCCAUUAUUAAAGGCGUCAAAACGAAAGUUAAGUCGAUUAUAGGAGCACUAGCAACCACUGUUGCCGAUACAGUAGAACGGAAAGACUACUGUCAAAUCGCUUAUCCAUCUCCAGAUGGAUUGAGCUCACAAGUGCUACCAAAUAUAAAAUCUACAGUAAAAAAUGGGAAGAAGUCCGAUAUGGCCGAAAUUGAGAAAAUGUUACCACAGGAUCUCUUAGGCAAUGAUGAUACAUAUAUGGGCGCAACACAUUCACACAAAGACACGGAAAUGGAUAAAUAUAUGAAUAAUACACCCAAAUGGGAUAUGAAGGAUGGUGUAUGUUCAUUGGACAGUACCAUUGGUGCUAACGACGAGCAAUUAUCGGUUGAAAUAUCGGCGGCGGCAUUACUCGCACAAACUAGUCCGCGUAUUUUAAAAUAUCCCGUUAACAUGACUAUACUCAUCCCGGCAGAUAAAGCAUCAGAGGUUGUAUCACUUUCACGAGCGUCAAAAUGCUACUGCUCUACAACACCUACUGAUGAUCCGAAAACGGUUGCAUUGAGUGUCAAUGGAUCAUUACAGGAAAGUACGUCGUUGGUAUCCGUUAUCAUUUCCGUUAUUCAUUAAUAGCGCCGCUUCAUUCGGGCGACAACAUUAUGCAUAUAUUUUAUGACAACUAAAGGUUGGCUAUAUAUGAUUGGGUUUGCUUUUGAAUUAUGAACGUAACAUGAAUGCACUAUAUGAUAAGGGUAAAAGGAUAGAUUAAUCAAGUGCAACUGAACUUUCUAAUCGUUUUCUUAAUAUG